AUGUCCAAGCCAAGCAUCAUAUUUGCCCCGGGUGCCUGGUAUCCGCCAACGGCAUUCGACCCCCUCAUCUCCAAGCUAACAGAAUACACCUGCUACACCUGCGCAUUCCCGUCAGUUCAGCAAGCAGCAAGCACCAAGGAUCUGAAGCCAGACAUCGAAGCGGUUCGAUCGCUUGUGCAGCGGGAAGUGGAUGCGGGCCGUGAUGUUCUUGUGGUUUCGCAUAGCUGGUCUGGUAUGCCGGUGAAUAGUGCCCUAGAUGGGUUGAGCAAGAUUGAACGUGAACAGGAAGGCAAGAAAGGCGGUGUUGUGCGGUUGGCCUUCAUUUCAGCGUUCUUAGCUGAAAUCGGCGAGAGUGUCAUUAGUGCUGUCGGGGGCCAGGCGCCUGAUUGGCAUUUGCAUGAUGUUGAAAAUGACACAGUCAUGGCUGCUGAUCCCGUGGGGCGUUUCCUCCACGAUGUGCCUGAUGGAGAAGAGUGGGCCAAGAAACUCAGGCCGCAUUCUUGGUUUACGAAACGCAGUCCUGCGUCUAGCGCAGCCUAUCUUACUAUUCCCUCUUCCUAUUUGCUGUGCGAGGAUGACAAAGCGAUUCCUCUGGCUGUGCAGCAGUGGAUGAUUGAGCGGGCACGGGAAAAGGGCGCGCAAUUCGAGACCGAGACUAUUGCGACAGGGCAUACUCCUUGGCUAGUUCGAACAGAUGAGGUUGCUACUUAUAUUCGAAGACAGGCAGGUGAAGAUGUCUAG